AUGACCGUCUGCACGUUUUUUCAGCAGGGCCGCUGCAGAUUCGGGGAUAAGUGCAAAUUCGAGCAUCCUGGCCGAAGCACGGCUGGCCCUUCGGGGAAUAGAUUCGGAGCUCUCUCUGGGUUUGGUGGAACAUCUUCUCCAAACCAAUCCCAAAGUACGAAGUAUGCAGAUGACUUCGGCGUAAAUUCCAGUGAUAUCAAACUUGAUCUGACUGCCGGCAAGAACCGUCCACUCUGGAUCUUUUCUGCCUACUCACCACAGCAACAUGUUCCACGUCAGCUGUUCGGUGGUCCUGGCCGUGAGCAAAGCCCCGAAGAAUUACGCGCGCGCCAUUAUGAACUGGCGGCUGCGGGUAGCAUUGAUCAGGCAGUUCAGGAAUCCCAGGCCCUUUGGACUGAGUCUAUGAAACAGAUGGAAGUUGCCCUGGGUGAUCUGAAUGGCGCAGUAACAUUCAUCAUCAAUGGCAAAAACGAGCACCCUAACAGAUUCGAUAUUGUUGAGGGCAAGACAGGCCCCGAUGCUGCCCAAGCGCCUGCAUCCUUGGGCAAUGCUCCCUCGGGCUUUGGACAACCGUCCACUGUAGGCCAGUCAUCUGGCUUCGGUCAGCCUUCAACUUUAGGUCAGUCUUCAGGCUUUGGGCAGCCUUCGACCUCAGGCCAAUCCUCUGGCUUCGGCCAACCCUCAACUAUGGGACAAUCUUCUGGCUUCGGCCAACCCUCGACCUUAGGUCAAUCCUCCGGCUUUGGCCAACCCUCGUCCCUUGGUCAAUCAUCCGGAUUUGGACAACCCUCGACUCUAGGCCAGUCAUCUGGCUUCGGCCAACCAUCAACUUUGGGCCAGUCUUCAGGUUUCGGGCAGCCCUCGACCUCAGGCCAAUCCUCUGGCUUCGGCCAACCAUCAACUUUGGGUCAGUCCUCUGGGUUUGGACAGCCAUCCAACUUGGGUGGCUCCGGCUUCGGUCAGCCAUCGACUCUGGGAGGACAAUCUGGGUUUGGCAAACCAGGGUUUGGUCAACCCGCAGCCCCAGCAGCCCCGGCAUCAAACCCUUUCGGCGCUCCAGCUACCUCUUCGUCACCCUUCAGCCAAAUCUCCAACAAUCAGCCAGCUCCCGGAGGCUUCGGGCAGCCUGCUCCUACGAACGCGCCCUCGCCAUUCGCACAGACCGCUGCACAACAACCUGCAGCUCCUGCCUCUGGCGGAUUUGGACAACCACAACCGACCUCCGGAUUCCCACCAUCUCAGCCCGCCGCAGCCAAUCCAUUUGGUGCACCCUCUCAACCAGCAGCUAAUCCAUUUGGCCAACCCGCCGUACCGCAAGGCGUGCCAGUGCAGCAUGUCGAUGCUGGCCCUCGAGCUUUCCUCAAGCUUGAUGACCCGAGCCAGCUGAACCCACUUCCAGACCUACAGGGCGAGACAAGGCAUGAUCCAUCGUCCAAGCGUCUGACUCUGUGGAAGGGCCGCCCGGUGAAGUACGUCAAUGACCACCCUUGCUAUUUACACCCGCAAGACAACAGCACGUUGGUUCGCGUCAACUUCCCUAAUGGACCGCCUGAUCCAGCAGGUCUCCGUGAUUCUCAAGGCAAGCCAGAGGAAUACACUCCAGAGAUUGCCGAGGCAUAUGAAUUCUAUCUUAACAAUGGUUACUUCAAGGAUGGCAUUCCAUCCGUACCUCCCAAGAGAGAGUGGAUCAGCUUCGAUUUUUGA